UCUGUUUCUAAGCUGGUACUUUUGCAAACUGUAGAUCUGCGGUAUAAUUAUUAUUUAUAUGAAGGAUCUUGUUUUGGUCGGGAGAGGGCGACCAGAAUCAGAAAUGUGUUUUGGAAUAUGGAGCAACUGAGGCAUUUAUAUUUACCUUGGCGUCACUAUAUAAGUGAACAGAAACUCUCAUUUGCAAGACUUUGCAAUUUGCAGACGUUGGGUGAUCUUCCAAUUGAGAAAUGUGAUUUGAAUGAUCUUGUUCAGUUAACCAAUCUGAAGAAAAUAUCCGUAAUUGUAUCACGGCCUAGUCACUUGGAAAAGUUCAAGAACAUGUUGAUAUCAAGAAGUAUAACAUAUGAGCGUCUUCAAUCGCUAUCUUUGAAGCUAAACCGAGAUGAUAAUGAGGAUAUAGCAAGAGAUAUAGUAUUAAGGUGUCCUCAUAUAUACAAGCUGCGACUGCUUGGGAAAAUGACUAAAUUUCCAGAAGAGCUGCUGGGCUAUCCAAACCUCACCAAGAUAACGUUGGUUAGUACAGAACUGAGAUGUGACCAGAUAGAAAUAGUGAAGAUGCUGCCCAAGUUAAGGGUGCUUUACCUAGGUAGUAAUGCUUUCAAAUCAAAAACAAUGGUUUUCUCCCCAGGAGGCUUUCCUCAUCUGGAAUUUCUUACCCUUAGUGCUUUGUUUAUGUUGAACGAGUGGAGGGUGGAGAAAGAAGCCAUGCCUAGUCUUCAGAGAUUGCAUAUUGAAUGGUGCCUACAAUUAUGGGAAGUUCCAGAUGGGCUUCAGCAUAUUACUACCCUCAAGGAGUUAACAAUCAACGUGAUGACUAGUAGAUUCUGCAGUAGGGUUAGGGAAGGAGGAGAGGAUUUCUACAAAAUUAAACAUGUGCCUUCUAUUAUAAUCACUAAUAUUCAACCUGACUACAAGAAAGACGAGGAGCCAGAAAUGGAGGAAGCAGCAGGUGCUUCUCGAGUAGUUGCUAACGACUCUGAGGAAUCAACUGUGGACGCUGCUCCGACUCCUGAAGGAAAAACAGAGGAAAUACAAGCUGCAUCCACUCCUUAAUUAGUUAAAUCCACAAGUUUGACUUUACAUAUGCUUGAUUACAACAGAUGUGAACAAGGCUAUACGCUGUUUGCGGUGCUAGAUGUCCAAGCUUUGUAUAUAUAUGUAAUCAGGCCA